UCAAGCCUCGCUUUUCUCUUUAUCCUGGAUUUCUAAAUUCUGCUUUUCUGAAACAGCCUCUUACUCAAAUGUAGCACCCGGUGGAAAGGCGAAAAGCCAGCAGAUCAACUUAAUCCUGAGCCACGCCUACUCAGCUUUCCACCUACUCCCAAGAAACCGUGUUAGCGCUAAGUUGCUGCGUGCUUCCAACUUAAAGAAGCUGCUCCAGUCCAAACGAUACCACCGUUAGGACUAGAACGAACUUUAGGUCACCUGGCAUACACUGUACGCACCAAGCUAACCGGUUGUAGAGAAACCUUCAUCAACCUGCGGCCUGCUGAAAGCGAGAGGAGCGGAGACAGCCGACUCGAGCUGAAGUGGCCACGUGGGAUAGGCAAUACCCGAAAGCGCCCGAGCUCCUGUGCGCUCCACCAGAAACACAUCAGCUAACCAAAAUUGUCCGUGUCCGAAGGACAGAACCUAAGGAGUGAACACAUCCCAACAUGCCUCAGAGCGCCCCACAGAGAAACGGCACUGCUCUGCUCCUCUGUCCCCCUCUAGGGCAACUUCUCCCCUGGUCCACUAACACUCAGCAGCCAGUCACAGCCUGUCUGUUGAGCACAGCGUUCUUUGGUGCACUGGGGUCAUCUUUCAUUUACGGCUACAACCUCUCUGUGGUCAACGCUCCUGCUUUGUACAUUAAAGCUUUUUACAAUAAGACAUGGAUUGAGAGAUAUGGGGAGCCUAUUGCAGCAGAGACAGCCACCCUCCUCUGGUCCAUCACAGUGUCCAUAUUUGCUAUCGGAGGCCUUCUUGGAGCGCUGUCCGUCUCUUUCAUCGUCAGAUUACUGGGAAGAAAAGGAACCUUGCUGCUGAAUAACAUCUUUGCUGUAAUAGCUGUUCUGCUGCUGUCCCUGGGUGAGACGGCCAAAUCUUUUGAGAUGCUCAUCAUUGGCCGGCUCAUAAUUGGGGUGGACUCUGGUAUAGCUCUCAGCGCCCUCCCCAUGUACCUGGGCGAAAUUACGCCACGAAAUAUCAGAGGUUUCAUUGGCCAGUUCAACUCCAUCCUGAUCUGCUUGGGAGUGUUCACAGGACAAGUGCUUGGGCUGCCCGAGCUGCUGGGUCAGGAGUCCAGGUGGAACUACCUAUUUUCUUUCCUGGCAUUGCCGGCAAUGCUGCAGCUGUGUGUGCUGCCCUUCCUCCCAGAGAGUCCUCGCUACUUACUGAUGGAAAAGAGGGAUGAGGCUGGAGCAGAAAGGGCCUUCCAGAGGUUGUUGGGGAAGAAGGAUGUGUCCCAGGAACUGGAAGAGGUCCACGCGGAGGCUCGAGCUCAGGACAACCUACAAACCGCUUCUGUCUUACAGCUGCUGAAGAGCCAAGCUGUUCGCUGGCAGCUCAUCACCGUCAUCAUCACCAUGGCGUGCUAUCAGCUCUGUGGCCUCAAUGCUAUCUGGUACUACACCAAUGGGAUCCUUCGGGAAGCAGGCUUUGCUGAGAACAUUAUCCCCUACAUCACACUGACCACCGGGGGCAUAGAGACUUUGGCUGCUAUCAUCUCGGGCUUAGUGAUUGAACGAAUCGGCAGAAAGCCCCUCCUCAUAUUUGGUUUCUCUGCCAUGGCCGUCUUCUUCAGCCUACUCACAGUGUUCCUUAAUUUCCAGCACAGCGCGUCAUGGAUGCCCUACCUCAGUUACAUCUGUAUACUGGCUGUGAUUGCGUCCUUUUGCUCUGGGCCAGGUGGCAUUCCCUUCAUCCUGACCGGGGAACUGUUUGAACAGUCCUACCGACCUGCCGCCUUCAUGAUUGCUGGCAUCGUCAACUGGCUGUCCAACUUUGCUGUGGGCCUUCUGUUCCCAUUCAUUCAAGAGAAGCUGCAGUCCUUUGCCUUUCUGGUGUUUGUGGUGGUCUGCAUCUUGGGAUCUGUCUACCUUUAUGUUGUCCUCCCUGAAACCAAAAACAAAACAUUUAUGGACAUCAGUCAGAGCUUUACCAAGAUCAACAAAAUCCCUGUCCCCUCCCCUGGCCAUGAAAUGGAGCUGGUUCUGUCCAUCAGACCUGACCUGAACAGGAAAGUCCAAGAUGACACUAAGAUGGAGAGUUCCUUCUAGCUGAACAAACUACACAAACUGUGGAGAAGCAAGGUUGAAAUAUAAACUUGUUUUUACAUAUUUAUUUAAUGGCUGUGAUCAAUGAAAUGAAAACCAUUGCUUUUCAAUGUAUUAAGGUAUUUUCUAUGUUUUGUAUGAUAGGAACAUAUACAGUAUUUCAGUUUACAGCAAUUAUU